GGACCAGGAUUUCUUCCCCUACCUCAUCAAUCUUCGCUUCAUUCGGAGGCUGCUUUGAACUCUAUCGUCGAUGGCGUAGCGUAGCUGGUUUCCUCCUUCUCUGAAAGCUCCGGUUGCUUCCGCUACUCUUUCUCUUCCCUAUUAUCGACUGUACUGAGCACAUUUUUGAUCUAGCAAUCGGGUUGGUGAGAUGGAUGUCGGCUUGGGGAGACUCGCAGCGCGGAUUCCUCUCCGACCUCGUUGCUCCAAGAAGGAUCCUCGAUCGCCUGAUAACGGCAAGAGCGAUAAAGGUGAUAGGGUGUCUACAGAUUGGGACAAGGCAUGGUCAAGCUUUAGGAAGCGGGGAAAGAAAACCAUGUUCUCAGAGCUCAACCCCAACAAGUACGUGAGCUGGAACCCGAGGCGAUCUGAUUAUCCAUUGUCAGAAGAAGUAGAUCCCAUAAAAAGAACUGAAAGGUCUAACCUCAUGCUAUGGACUAGUCCAAAGUUCACUCUGGGAGGAGCCAUCAUACUGGUCUCAAUGCUUCUCAUCUACACACUUUUAGCCCCACUUAAGUGAUCUUAUCCACAAGUAUUAUUAUGCAUUGCAGAAGCAGCAUGAUAUAUAGAUUGGUCAGUAGAAAAUGGACUGAAGAAUAUGGUUUUUCCAUUUAAUAGCACUGGUUUCUUCUUAUCAACAUUUGCUCAUGAACAUUGUAUUAUAAAACUGCAUAUCGAACUGUAAGCACUGGUCUCUUUAUAUAGUACGAUAUUUUACUAAACCUUGUAAGCAAAUUUCUAUAUUAUUCAAAUCUUCAAAUUGCAUAUUCAA